AUGGACAAAAAUCGACCGGAAGAAGCGAGCAUAAUAUUGACAACAUUUCUAAGAAUAGAAAACAACCCUCGCGGGAUUCGCGCGAAAAAAAAUUUAACGACAGAAAAUGCGGCAAAAUGGACGGCAAACCCAAAUGUACGCGGUGUCUCGGACCAGCGCACUCCAGGCAAUUCUGCCCAGCAAGUGAGUCCAUCUGUAAUAACUGUUCAAAAAAAAGAACAUUGGGCAAAAGCAUGUCGAAGCCAAGCAAGCCAACAACUUCGCAAGAAACAAGUUAACGAACUAACUUCCCGCCAAGAAACCGAGGAGGAAAGUUCGUCUGAGGAAGAUGUCUACUUUUUGGGCGAAGUCGUACACCUUGAUACUAUCAAUAAAUCUGGCCAUAAACCGUGGACUGCAGACAAAAAGGUAAACGAAACAAAUAUUUUAUUCAAAAUCUACAGCGGCGCUGACGUCACAGUGAUACCUUUAACAGUGUGUCAACAUCGAAAACUACAGUCAACACUCAAGUCGACUGGCAAAGUUCUUAUGGGCCUGUGCAAUUACAAAAUCUUUACCCCGGAACACCCGAUUUUUUUUUAGUAGCGCAAAUGCGCAUGCGCUAUCAAGCCGUAGAUCACGAUGGCGUGACGAUAUGCUAGGAAGGAGUGACAGUAGGGUCAUUUAUACGAGACAAAAUAAGACGCGACUUACAUAAGACGCGACUUAAAUAAGCGGAGUUAUCGUAUAAAUGGUUCUCUAGGGCUUUAUUCUUAUUUACUUGCUAUAGCUAUAAUGUUGUUUCGGUUGUUUUUUUUUUUUAACAUGCAAGGCUAAUAAUUUUACGUUGUUUCAAGUUUCUGGCAUACUGGCAAGGUUCUUAUGGGCCUGUGCAAUUACAAAAUGAACUGUGUAGGAACAUUCACUUCACAGCUGCGACACGAGGACAAGACAACUACAGAAGAAAUAUUCGUCGUUAAAGGACUCGAAAGAUCAUUAUUAGUAAGACAAGCAGCCCAGUCUGAAUUUACUCAACUGUGUCGACGCUCUAAACAGCAACGAAAUGAAAGAAAGCGUCAAAGAAAAGUAUCCCAAUAUUUUCACUGGUCUUGGACAAAUUAAAGACCAAGAGUAUGAUCAUAUUAAAAUCACGCACGAAGCAACACCUUUUGCAAUUACGGUUCCACGACAAGUUCCGAUACCACUUCGAAAAAAAUCCGAACGGGAAUUACAAAGAAUGAAACGCAACGGAGUAAUAUCUCAAGUUGAAAAUCCAACCGAAUGGUGCACCCCGAUGGUUGUAACGCCGAAAAACAAUGGAAAAGUUCGAGUAUGCGUAGAUCUCACAAAGCUUAAUCAGUUCGUGCAACGUGAAAACCAUCCCCUACCAACAACCAACAACCGACACGACAUUUGCAAACCUUGCUGGAGCUCGGUAUUUCACAAAGUUAGACGCCAACUCUGGAUUUUGGCAAAUCAAACUCUCGGAAAGAUCAAAACCUUUAACAACGUUCAUAACACCCUGGGGACGGUACUGUUUGAACGUUUUUCCUUUCGGAAUAAGUUCAGGGUCUGAAAAGUUUCAGAAAUGUAUGUGCCAAAUUCUCGAAGGUUUGUAUGGCGUCGAAUGCAACAUCGAUGAUGUUCUAGUUCACGGUGCAACACAAGAAGAACACGACCGAAGAUUGGAAGCGGUUCUCCAGCGACUCGGUAAUGCCAACGUCACGCUAAAUGCCGAAAAGUGUGUUUUUAACGUCUCGAGUGUGAAAUUCCUAGGUCAGAUCGUGGGAGCUGAUGGCAUCAAACCCGAUCCAGAGAAAAUACAAGCGAUUCGCGAAAUGCCACACCCAACCAACCUACAUGAAGUCCGUUCCUUUCUUGGAAUGGUAAACCAAUUUAGCAAAUUUACCACCAAUCUUGCUGAUCUGACAAAGCCCAUCCGAGAACUGCUAGUUAAGAACACUGCGUGGACAUGGGGACCACCACAACAAGACGCUUUUGACAAAAUCAAGAAAGCCCUGACAUCAGCACCGACACUAACCUUGUACGACCCCAACAAAGCAACCAAAAUAGCAGCCGACGCAUCAUCAUACGGCCUUGGAGCGGUGGUGCUGCAAGAAGAAGGACCAGACACCUGGAAACCUGUAUCAUUCAUUUCAAGAUCGAUGACAACAACCGAGGCUAGGUAUGCCCAGAUAGAGAAAGAAGCUCUAGCG